UUUCUUUCUCUGCCUAAGUGAGAGGCUGAACUUUCCAGGCCACCUCCUGCCCCAGCCGGGCCCGGCCCCUCGGAGGGGAGGGGGGAGCGAGGGAGGGGGCUGAGCCGAGGGAAGGGGGGGGAGAGCAGCAGGCAUCCCCUGCCCAUGAGGGCCUGAUGGAAAACACAAAGGACCUGACUGAGCAUUCUUCACGGCCAGAAAGGAAGAGACGUGACUCAUUCGGGAUGUUUGACGGUUAUGAUAGUUGUAGUGAGGACACUAGUAGCAGCUCAAGCUCUGAUGAGAGUGAAGAAGAAGUUGCCCCCUUACCAUCAAGUCUCCCUAUUAUCAAGAAUAAUGGACAGGUCUAUACUUAUCCAGAUGGUAAAUCUGGCAUGGCUACCUGUGAGAUGUGUGGGAUGGUCGGUGUCAGAGAUGCUUUUUACUCUAAGACAAAGCGUUUCUGCAGUGUUUCAUGCUCCCGAAGUUAUUCGUCGAACUCCAAGAAGGCCAGCAUUCUGGCCAGACUUCAGGUAACGGGUAAACCUCCAACUAAAAAGGCUAAAGUUCUUCAGAAACAACCUCUAGUGGCUAAACUAGCAGCAUAUGCACAGUACCAGGCAACGUUACAGAACCAAGUGAAGACUAAAACAGCAGCUGUCCCUGUGGAAGGUUUCAGUUGGGGUAACUACAUUGCUAGCAAUAAUUUAACAGCAGCUCCCGUUACCUGUUUUAAACAUGCUCCCAUGGGGACAUGCUGGGGUGAUAUCUCAGAAGGCGUGCGAGUGGAAGUUCCAAACACGGACUGCAGCCUACCUACCAAAGUCUUCUGGAUAGCUGGAAUCGUGAAAUUAGCAGGUUACAAUGCUUUGCUAAGAUAUGAAGGGUUUGAAAAUGAUUCAAGUGUUGACUUCUGGUGCAACGUCUGUGGGUCUGACAUCCACCCAGUUGGUUGGUGUGCAACUAGUGGGAAGCCUUUAGUCCCACCUAGAACAAUCCAACAUAAAUACACAAACUGGAAAGCUUUUCUAGUGAAACGACUUACUGGUGCCAAAACUCUUCCUCCUGACUUUUCUCAGAAGGUGUCAGAAAGUAUGCAAUAUCCUUUCAAACCUUCCAUGAGAGUAGAAGUUGUUGACAAAACCCAUCUCUGUCGAACACGGGUAGCAAUUGUAGACAGUGUAAUUGGAGGACGAUUAAGAUUGGUAUAUGAAGAAAGCGAAGACAAAUCUGAUGAUUUCUGGUGCCAUAUGUACAGCCCACUCAUUCAUCAUAUUGGCUGGUCCCGAGGUAUAGGACAUCGCUUCAAAAGAUCUGAUAUUGCAAAGAAACAGGAUGGACACUAUGAUGCCCCACCACAUUUAUUUGCUAAGGUAAAAGAAGUAGAUCCAAGUGGAGAAUGGUUCAAGGAGGGAAUGAAGUUGGAAGCUAUCGAUCCCUUAAACCUGUCUGCAAUAUGUGUUGCAACCAUUAGGAAGGUAUUAGCAGAUGGUUAUCUUAUGAUCGGGAUUGAUGGCUCAGAAGCAGCAGAUGGGUCGGACUGGUUUUGUUACCAUGCCACCUCCCCUUCUAUUUUUCCUGUUGGUUUCUGUGAAAUUAAUGCGAUCGAGCUAACUCCACCCAGAGGUUAUGCAAAACUCCCUUUCAAAUGGUUUGACUACCUCAGGGAAACUGACUCUAUAGCAGCACCUGUAAAACUCUUCAAUAAGGAAGUUCCAAACCAUGGGUUUCACAUUCGAAUGAAACUGGAGGCGGUAGAUCUUAUGGAACCACGCCUUGUAUGUGUGGCCACAGUAACUCGCAUUAUCCAUCGUCUGUUGAGGAUACAUUUUGAUGGCUGGGAAGAAGAAUAUGAUCAAUGGGUGGAUUGUGAGUCCCCUGACCUCUAUCCUGUAGGGUGGUGCCAAUUAACUGGAUAUCAGCUACAACCUCCAGCACCACAAACAUCAAGAGAUAGCCAGUCAAGUUCAUCAAAGCAAAAGAAAAAGGCUAAGUCACAACAGUACAAAGGACACAAGAAAAUGACAUCCCUGCAGCUGAAGGAAGAGUUGCUAGAUGGAGAGGAGUAUAACUUUCUUCAAGGAGCUUCUGAUCAGGAAAGCAAUGGGUCUGCCAGCUACUACAUCAAACAAGAACCAUAAGACAGCUCAGAAAGGUGACGGGCAGGGUGGUGAUUGUAUGGAAAAGAGCCUUUCUCCAAGACUGACUGAUUUUUGUUCCCUUUUUGAUAGUACAGUUGUCUAGCUGUACUUGGGGCACUUUGCUAACUGUAGAUGAACCUUCAGUGGAGAAUUUUUUGGAGGGGCAGGAAAACUAUUUUACUGAAAAAAUUUACAAUUUAUUAAACAAAAAAUGACAUUUUGUGUUGUAUUUGAAGCUUUUGAAAGAAUUUUGUAAUAUUUUCAAAUUCAGAUUUAUUGUGCAUUCUUAAAUUGAAAUUCUAAUUUUUUGGUAAAAUUAAUUAGCAGGAUUGCAGGAAACUGUUUGAGGAGGAUAUAGUUGCAAAUACAAAUGAACUGUCAUUACAAAUGAACCUUGUUGGUACAAGUUGAGAGUUUUUGAACUUCUGUGAGCUUGUAUGAGUCACACCUCUGGUUUUUCAUUGUGAAAAUUACUGAAAUACUAACACUGGUGCAUGAAACCAUGUAAGGAAAUCAGCCCUGCCAAACCUUACUUGUGUGAGUAACCCCACACAGGGGUUGUCUCUUGAGGUGUAGUAAUAACUUUUCAAGAUGGUUACUCAUUUAGAUUGCCCAGUGGGUAUUGGAUUGGGCCUUUAGUCCUGGGGUGCUCAAGUUUACAGAGCCCUGUGUUAAACUGGAAUAUCAGCAGAUUCUUUUGUGGAAAAUUUACAUGAAACCAAAUGAUUAAACAAGUGAGGAGGAGAGGUAGAUGGAAAGGGGGGAGGAUAUCUGUGGAGUUUUCUCUGUUUUUAUUCACCAGAAAAAUUUAGAUUCCUGCGUUCCAUCUCUUCAAAUACUUGUGUAUGUGGGACACCCACUAAGAGAUGUACUAGAUGAACUAAAAAAUAUUUACUCUGAAGGCAAAAAUGUACUAUGACAGCAACACUGGAGUUGGGAUCUGAAAAAAAAAAAAACUUUGCUUUUUGGUAAAUUGGACUCAUUUUCAUUCUGGAAGACUGGAAUCCUUCCAGUCUCACUUUUAAUCAUUUCAUAAGUUUUUUUCUCUUUAACUGAACAGAUAUUUUUAGACAAAUUUGCAGAAGAUUAUAGUGACUAACAUCAAAACUGGAGGAAUUUUAAUAAAUGCUCAAUAGUUUAAUCCUCUUCUCCCUCCUGUCCAUUUAAAAAUCCAUGUGGAUUUUGGCAGUGGCUUCAUUCUUGGAGUUAUUAGCAGCCUGUUUUUUCCCACCCUGCAGAGUUGUGACUGGAAGAAUGGGCAUUGAGAGCUUUAGCUUUUACCAGUAAGGUUCAUUAACUAAACUCUCAGGAAUAAACUACAUAUGUUCUAUAAGUGCUUCUGGGUCUUUGCAGGUCCCCUUCAGAGCAGUAGAAUGAUCUUCUGACUCUUGACCCGUACAGAGGGCUUAAAAGAAAUUAGUCAAAAUUAUUAACUUCUCUGGUCCUUCAUCCUAAGAAAUGCUUUAACAAUAUCAGCCCACAGAGCCCCAGGAGACCAUUUUUUGGUAUAUUAUUGUUUGAACUUUUUUAAAAAAAAUGCAUAGAAAGAUGAAAACCAGCAACUUGAUUAUUUUCUAAACUAUUGCUCUAACUUUGGGUACAGACAUUAGUAAUAUGCACAGGUUUACCUCAUUCUAUGCAAAAGGGGUUAAUGAUGAUGUACAGUUUUGUAGUAACUGCUGGAAGUAAAACUUGUCCUGUAUAAUGUAGGAAUGUAUGGAAACUGUUUCUCCUUCUCUUCGCCCAGUCAAUUUUUUGUAAUAUUGACCCCUUUUUAACAACUGUUUUCUCAUAUAAACAAAAGAUGGCUAUCAGGUGUGAGAUUUCAGUGAGUUAUGGGGGAAAGGAUAUUUUAGUCCCAUGUUAAAAGGACUCUGUCAAGGUUGACUGGCUUCAAAUUAAUUUCCUUCAGCCUCUGAUUGCGCCAAUUCAUUUACUUUCUUUACAAAGCAAAAAGUAAAAACUUCUUAAAAUCAGAGCCUUCCAAAAUAAGGGCUGCAAUGUAGUUUUUCAAUCCCAGUUGACGGACAGUGGGAUGUACAGGCAAGCUCAGGAAUCUGGGUGACAUAUGCUUAAAACCAGAGAUAUUUUAAUGAGCCUCAGUCAUACCAAGUACCACUCCUGUCACCUAUCAAAGUCAAAUUCUGUCAGUGCUUCCUCAGGUUGGUUAGUACUUUUGUGCAUUGAUGUAACUGGGGAUUACUCGCAUAUAAUAUAAAUAACUUCUCAUUGUGAGCAGGGCUGGCAGAAUUUGGCCUACAGAGCACAAGGGAUGCGUGAGAUGCAUCUGCUUUCAGUUAGGCCAUAUCUACUGGUUAAAUUGGCACUGCUGCAAUUGAUGCAGUGGUGUCCAUUUAGAGGUCUGGUGAAGAUAAGCUAAGUAGAUGGCAGAGCACUCUCCUGUCAAUAUCUGUACGCUGCUCCCUGACAGGUGAAAGGUAAGUUGGCGGAAGAAUGUCUCCUGUCAACAUAGCGUGCCAUAAGUCAACCUAUGUUACAAUUUAUGUAACUGAAGUAGCGUAAUUUAGAUUGACAGCAUUAGUGUAGACCAGACCUUGUGACACAAAUAGCUCAUUUGUCAGGAGAACCACUGUUCUGUGAAUAAGAGUUAAUGUGAAAAGGAGUUGUGGAAUUGUGCCCAUUGGGAGAAAGUGAAAUCAUGAAGACAAAAAAAAUCCAGAUUCAUGGGUUCAUAUUUGUUGCCCCGCUUCAGAACUUGAAUUAUCCAGACCAUAUAACCCUGAUUUGGGUUAGAUUUUAAGGGGACUCUUUGGAUUUUUUUUAUAGUAAAAUGCAGUUGUAGGGGUAGGGAUGGAGAAUUGUUUGUGUCACAUUUGGGGUCUGUCAACCUCUAGAGUAUUCCUUGAAAACGGUUAUUAAAAUACUAACAUUGCUCUCUGCAAGCUGAAUUCCACGCUCAUAUACCAAUGGGAAUUUCAGGUAUAUUUGAGAAUGGAAUUUCACUUUCUUAAUCCAAAUAUCUAAAUCCUUCACCGACCUGUCAAGUACAGUGAAGCCGGUCUUAUGCAAAGCAUGUAAGCAGUUGCCUAAAAUCACAUGCUUGGGAGAGAUUUAUUUAUGUAAAAGCUGAGAAAAAUGUGUCAGAUUCUUACUUAGACUAGUCUUCAUAGAAUCAAUGGUCUCUUAAGACAGAGAGGUUACCUGUUCGCAGAGGUGUACAGGCUUCACUGUAUUUGUACUAACAUUAAUAACAUGGUUCAAAGAGUUUUCUUCAUUCUACUGUGAACCAUAUUACUUAGGUAAAGUUAAGGUGAUGUGUUAGAGGUCUUAAAUCUCUACUGCUGACUAAAGUUGGGGAUCAAAUACUCAUUUCAAUAUUUGGCAUAGCAAGCCUUUCAUAACCAAGGGGUAGUGCAAAUAAGUAAAUUUAUAUUGUAACUGCCCCUUUUAUGGCUCAGAAUUUUACUGCUGACCUUGAUCUCAUGUUGUUUUAAAUGCAACUUCUUAACCUUUUCCUUGCUGUGUAUAAGGAAAGCUAAAGCAGUUAUCAAUUUCUUGUUCUACGGAUACUAACACGGGUUUCAGUGUUUGUUUGUUUUUUUUAUUGUUUUUGUGAUGUGAAUACCCUCUCCCAUCAAUAUUUGUACAAUGGUGCUAAUAUAUUUGGUAACAAUCCUUUAUUGGGAAGGGAUUAAACAACUGUGAUUAAACUCAAUUUUUCUUUUAAGUUUCAUAUUUAAAAAUUAGGUCACAGCUAUUAAUACAACAAAAAAAAUCAGCUUUUGCCCUUGGGAAAAUAUAUUGGGGCGGGAAUCAAGAUGAAAUGAAUAGGGUUUUUACAUCAUUUCUGUAUGUAUUUGAUAUAUAGAUCAAUAUCUGUACAAAUUUAAUCUUUUAUUUUCUUGGUAAUUUGUGUGGUCAGUGAGAGAGUGUUUAAAACUUUCUCACAAAAUGUAUAUAACUAAGUGAAAAAUGCUUUUGGAGAAAUUAAUGUUACUUUCAUUUUUACCAGACUGCAGAUUUUCAGCAUGGAUGUGAAAAAGCAUUAAAACUAUAACUUUGUGUACAAGAUGAAAAUAAUUCACUAAAUUUGCCUUUUUUUACACAAAAUAAAAAUGUUAAAGUAA